CUAUACAAUAUUAUCUUAGCUUUGAAAUAGUAUUCGAAUGUAAUCGCGUGGCUGUUAGAUUGUGGUAGAAAUCGUCCAAGCUUUGGUUGAUAAUACAGCGUGUUGAAGUUAUUCAUUCUUAGUCUGUCUCUCAAUGUGCAAUUACAUAUUAAGAACGGGCUAACCAAUAUGUCACCCUGUGGAAUUACAUAUUAAGAAAAAAAAUGUUCAAAUUGCCCAAUGUGGAAUUUCAGUUGAUGAAGAGUUAGAUUGUGGAUUCUAUAUUGAGAAAUAAUUGUUCAAAUUGCUUAAUGUGGAAUUGCAGUUUAAGAAAUUAAACAAAUUAUUGUUAUAUGUGGAAUUAAAUAUUAAGAAAUAGUGACAUGUAUGACUUACCGUGGAAAAACAUUUUGUAAGAAAUAGAUAUUAAAAUAUACCUGAUCGAACUCAUAUAAAGGAUUAACCAAUUAUAUCGGAUUAUUGUUUGGGUGAAGAUUGAAAAAAUGGCAGCGGAUUUUUUGACAGAUUUGGAUUUAUACGAACUCUUGUCUCAAAAUACAACAGAACAGUUCCUUAACAUGACGGAGGCGGAUUGUCUUCAUGAUGGGGUACGAGAUGUCUUGAAGGUUCUGCAUGACAACAUAACAUUCAAUACUAGCCACUGUCCACAAGUCUUGCAACCUAAGUUGUUAACACAUAGCCAGUAUUUUUACUCGUACUUCACGCCUGUUAUUUUGUUGGUAGGACUUACUGGAAACAUAUUGUCGCUGCGUGUGUUUUUAUCCAAGAACAUGCGGAAAUUAUCCGCCAGUACGUAUCUAGCAGCACUGUCGACGUCAGAUAUUCUAGCACUUACUUUUUAUGUGUUCGUUGAUUGGUUAAAAAGAGGAUUACCAGCUUUGAACUCUGACCUUAAAGUGAUGUUUUUGGAAACAGACGUUGUGUGUCAGGCAUUUUUGUAUCUCUCAUACCUCAGUAGGUUUCUCUCUGCUUGGUUUAUUGUUAGUUUUACAGCGGAGAGAUACAUCGGUGUGUGUUUACCGUUAAGACGGAAGGAUAUUUGUGGAAAACGGUUUUCCCAAAAGAUAAUUUGUUCUUUAGUGGUUUGUUCAGGGUGUAUUAUGAUGUAUAAACCUUUAUUAAGUGGUGUAUAUGAAAUAAACCACACUAAAGUUAAAAUGUGCACGCGUGAUCCAGAGUUAUCCUUUCCUGUCUUUAUAUUAGACAGCAUAUUUGCUGUUAUGAUAACUUUUAUUCCAUUUAUUAUAAUAACCGUGUUAAACACUUUAAUUAUGAGAAAACUUUUCUUGAGAAAUAAAAAACAUCGUUCUAUUAAAAUUAUCACUGAAGAAAGCAUCAUAAAGUUAGAAUUUACUAUUAUUUUACUUGUCAUAUCCUUUGUUUUUAUUGCCUUAAAUUUACCUUUCUUCUGUGUGUGGUGUAAACAGUUUCUACUUUCAAUUUCAGCUAGUAUGAAUAAACAUGCGCAUGACUUUGAUAAUAUGCAAGGAUUGCUUCUAAUAACUCGGGUAAUAUUCUAUCUCAAUUAUUGCAUCAACUUUUUUCUCUAUAGCGUCACCGGUGCAUAUUUCCGUAAGGAACUCAAAAUUCUUUUUUUCUACAAAUCACCGGAUGUAAAAGAUUACCGACGUUGCUCCCACUACACGACCACGCCCAAUUCUUGGGUCUGACUAAAAAUCUGCUGCUUGAAAGAUAUUUUCGUCCUGAAAAAAACACCUGGUGAAUAUCAGAUGCAGGUACAGACCGUCGAAAGAAAAUCGCGGAUACAAAGGUUAUGACGAUAGUCUCAAGGCAGCAGAUAAAUCUUGAAAACUUUCCAAUGACAAUGUUGUCUCCCCCCGUUCCUAACUUCUUCGCUAACCGGUGGGGGAAAUGAAUCUACAUGUAACGAUUUUGUGCUAAAGUUCUCGGAUAUUUUAUAGAUGACGGAACAAACAGCUCGUGGUUUAUCAAAUUACCAGUUAAGUGGCGUGUUUGUCAAUAAACAGAAUAGUGUACAGUUAGAGCUCAAAUGGUGCUUUCUAUCAAUGGGAAAAUGGGUGUACAGUACGCACCUUAAACGUGUCUUACAAUUGACUGAAUUAUCCUACUAUCACACUCCAAAUGGUGCACCAUAAUAAUAUGCAUCCAUUUUUGGUUUAGCCUGUAUUUGGACUACAAAGGUUUUAUCAUGGAUGCGCGCACAAGGAAUAUUUCUAAGGGGGAUAACUAAAGUAGGUAAAUAUUACAUUUUAUUUACAGAAGACAUUAACUCCGUGCAACAAUUAGUGCUUUUUGUGUACGUUCUUUUAUGAAACAGUUUUAACCAGUGUGGUAAAGAUAACACUGUAAUUGUAUAUACAAAUAGUUUAGUAUUUCAUAGAUUUUGUACAUGACAAGGUUUGAUAGGUUAGCCUUUGUAAAUUUUUGUGUUUACUUUCCUAGAACUUAUGCAGUUUAUAAUAUCACUCCACCUGCUAUAUUUCUUUAUAAAAGUAUUUCCCACGUCAUUUUCUAUCGCUUAUCAUUACAUUCCACAAACAUAUAAUGUGUCUUAAAGGUACAUUAGUUAAGAGCUUAAUAAAGAGUUGGCCAUUGUUGCUAUAAUGAUAAAAAAAAAGAAACAUUGAAAAUUUCAGUCAAAUUAGUACCCUCGCUUGGUAAGCCUUUCAUCACCAGCUUCCGAUAGUGACGUCAGUGACUAACGGUAAACGUUAGCUCGGUCGGCCAGUACUUGAUUUAAUUUUAAAUGGACGACUGUUUAAAUCCAAGCUGUAUCCAAGCCGUCCGAGGGUCUAUAGAGUUGAUUUUGGGCUUGUCAUGUAAAUAAAGGUCUAAUAAUUUCUAUAACAUCUGAAGCCUAAAUAAAGACUUGCAGUAGGCAGAUUAUUUAGCUCUUGCAUAAUGUAUGUUUAAUCUAUUAUUAAUAUUACAGUAAUGUUUCUAGGCAAGGAGGUUAUUUUUGCACGUCCACAUUGAAAGUGGUUGCAUAUUGUUAUCACACCCGUCUGUCCGCCGUCCACCAUUGCUCGUGGACGCUCUAUAGGCUUAAGGUACCAUCCGGUUGGCUUAAAAUUUAUAAACAGGGUUUCUGUUUUUAAGGCGAAGUAGCUUAUUGAUAUCUUCUAAUUACUUCCAGAAUUAUUGGUCUUAAGAACUUGUAUAUAACUAGUGGAUCCCCAGCCCAGGGUUCUAAAGUAUUCUUUAGAUUGACUUUAAAUCUAACAAUGACAAAGUCGAUAAUUAUAUACCGAAUUAUUGUCCUUUUCACUUCGAUAAACCAUGCGGGCCCUCUCGUGGCCUACCGAUUUUCAGCGAUUUUAGAUAACCCGAAAAACUAACGAGUUUUAGUGUCUUGUAUAUGCUCCCAUCACGUACAGAGACUGACGGACGACUUAGCUGAUAUUGUUGUAUGUUUCAUUGCCUGGCAACCUAUCGUUUGUUACUUUAAAUACAAAUUGUUAUGUUUUUCAUUAUCUAUGGAUAUUUGUUAUAUUAUGAUAUUGUUGCUAUUAUAUAUAUAUUUGUUAUAUGAUAUUGUGGAUUUUAAAUUCUUGCUCAAUACAUUAAUUAUCUCUA